AUGGCCAGCCCCAGCAAUGCCACGGAGCCCUGCGGCUUUCUCCUUCAGGGCUUCUCUGAGUUCCCACAGCUGAGGCCUGUGCUCUUCUUGCUUUUGCUGGCCGUGCAUCUGGCCACGCUCAGUGGAAACCUGCUCAUUCUAGUGGCCGUGGCCUCAGUGCCCAGCCGGCCACCGAUGCUGCUCUUCCUGUGCCAGCUGUCAGCCAUCGAGCUCUGCUACACGCUGGUGGUGGUACCCCGCGCCCUGGCCGACCUGGCCGCACCUGGCCUCGGCAGUGGCAGCCCCAUCUCCUUCCUGGCCUGCGCGGUUCAGAUGCAGAUGUUCGUGGGACUGGGGGGCGCCGAGUGCUUCCUACUGGCCGCCAUGGCCUAUGACCGCUACGUGGCCAUCUGCCACCCGCUGCAUUACGCAGCCGUGCUGACCCCUCGGGUGUGCGCGUGACUGGCCCUGGCCUGCUGCCUCGGGGGGCUGGCGGUGUCGGUGGGGCUCACGCUGGCCGUCUUCCACCUGCCUUUCUGUGGCUCCCGCCUGCUGGUGCACUUCUUCUGCGACAUCACGGCGCUGCUGCACCGGGCCUGCACGCGGAGCUACGCCGACGAGCUGCCCCUGCUGGGCGCCUGCUUCGUGCUGCUGCUGCUGCCCUCGCUGCUCAUUCUAGCCUCCUACGGCGCCAUCGCCACCGCCCUGCACCGCCUGCGCUGCCCCGGGGGCCGGCACAAGGCCACCUCCACCUGCGCCUCGCACCUGGCCGUCACCCUGCUACACUAUGGCUGUGCCACCUUCAUGUACGUGCGGCCCAAGGCCAGCUACUCCCCGCGGCAGGACCGCAUGCUGGCGCUCGUCUACACCAACGUCACGCCGCUGCUCUACCCGCUCAUUUACAGCCUGCGCAACCGCGAGAUCGCCACCGCCAUCCGCCGGAUGCUGGGGCAGAGGCGGCCUGGCCACGCCCCAGGUCAGGGUGUGUGUGAGCCCUGA